UAGGGAAUCUAGAGCAACAGCAAAGCUGAGGUCAAACUGCCAUAAGGAUGGACACCAAGGAAGCUGUGUUUGGGACAAAAAGAAAUCAAGAUAAGCAACAUGAACCGUGAAGACCGGAAUGUGCUGCGUAUGAAAGAACGGGAAAGGCGGAAUCAGGAAAUUCAGCAGGGUGAAGACGCCUUCCCACCUAGCUCUCCUCUCUUUGCUGAGCCAUACAAAGUUACUAGCAAAGAAGAUAAGCUAUCAAGUCGUAUUCAGAGUAUGCUUGGAAACUACGAUGAAAUGAAGGAUUUCAUAGGAGACAGAUCCAUACCAAAGCUUGUUGCAAUUCCCAAGCCUACAGUACCACCGUCAGCAGAUGAAAAAUCUAACCCAAAUUUCUUUGAACAGAGACAUGGGAGCUCUCAUCAGAGUAGCAAAUGGACUCCAGUAGGACCAGCACCCAGCACAUCUCAGUCUCAGAAACGUUCCUCAGGCUUACAGAGUGGACACAGUAGCCAGCGGACCAGUGCAGGUGGCAGUGGUGGCAAUAAUAGUAGUAGCCAGAGGCAUGACCGUGAUUCAUAUAGCAGUAGUGGGAGCAGUAGCCGGAAAAAAGGCCAGCAUGGAUCAGAACACUCCAAAUCACGCUCUUCCAGCCCGGGGAAACCCCAGGCUGUUUCUUCAUUAAGCUCCAGUCAUUCCAGGUCUCAUGGGAAUGAUCACCAUAGCAAGGAACAUCAGCGUUCCAAAUCACCUCGGGACCCUGAUGCAAACUGGGAUUCUCCUUCCCGUGUACCUUUUUCAAGUGGGCAGCACUCAAAUCAGUCUUUCCCACCUUCAUUGAUGUCAAAGUCCAGUUCAAUGUUACAGAAACCUACUGCCUAUGUACGGCCCAUGGAUGGACAGGAGUCCAUGGAACCAAAGCUGUCCUCUGAGCACUACAGCAGCCAAUCCCAUGGCAGCAGCAUGGCUGAACUGAAGCCCAGCAGCAAAGCACAUCUCACCAAGCUGAAAAUACCUUCCCAACCACUGGAUGCAUCUGCUUCUGGUGAUGUGAGCUGUGUAGAUGAAAUUCUUAAAGAGAUGACGCAUUCAUGGCCUCCCCCUCUAACGGCUAUUCACACACCAUGCAAAACAGAACCUUCCAAAUUUCCUUUUCCAACUAAGGAGUCUCAGCAGUCCAGCUUUGGCCCUGGAGAACAAAAAAGAUACAAUCCUUCUAAAACCUCAAAUGGGCAUCAGUCUAAAUCUAUGUUAAAAGAUGACUUAAAGCUAAGCAGCAGUGAAGACAGUGAUGGGGAACAGGAUUGUGAUAAGACAAUGCCAAGGAGUACACCAGGAAGUAACUCUGAACCUUCACACCAUAAUAGUGAAGGAGCAGAUAACUCCAGGGAUGAUUCUAGCAGCCACAGUGGAUCUGAAAGCAGCUCUGGAUCUGACUCAGAGAGUGAAAGUAGUUCCAGUGACAGUGAGGCAAAUGAGCCAUCUCAGAGUGCAUCUCCUGAGCCUGAACCACCACCAACAAACAAAUGGCAACUUGAUAAUUGGUUGAAUAAAGUGAACCCACAUAAAGUGUCACCAGCUUCUUCUGUGGACAGUAACAUCCCAUCAUCUCAAGGCUAUAAAAAGGAAGGCCGAGAACAGGGCACUGGGAAUAGCUACACUGAUCCAGGUGGACCUAAAGAAACAAGUUCCACUACUCCUGGACGAGACUCCAAAACCACUCAAAAGGGAUCAGAAAGUGGGCGUGGGAGGCAGAAGUCUCCUGCACAGAGUGACAGUACAACACAGAGGAGAACUGUGGGCAAAAAGCAACCCAAAAAGGCAGAGAAGGCAGCUGCUGAAGAGCCCCGUGGAGGCUUAAAGAUAGAAAGUGAAACCCCCGUAGACAUGGCUACCAGUAUGCCCUCCAGCAGACACAAAGCAGCCACCAAAGGCUCAAGGAAACCCAACAUAAAAAAGGAGUCCAAAUCUUCCCCUCGCCCUUCAGCAGAGAAAAAGAAAUACAAGUCAACAAGUAAAUCUUCCCAGAAAUCGAGGGAAAUCAUAGAAACAGAUACCUCAUCCUCAGAUUCGGAUGAAAGCGAGAGCCUUCCUCCUUCCUCACAAACUCCUAAGUACCCUGAGAGUAAUAGGACUCCUGUUAAACCCUCCUCAGUGGAGGAAGAAGAUAGCUUUUUUCGGCAACGAAUAUUCUCUCCUAUGGAAGAGAAGGAACUUCUUUCACCCCUUAGUGAGCCUGAUGACAGGUAUCCACUUAUUGUGAAGAUUGACCUGAAUCUCUUGACUAGAAUACCAGGAAAGCCUUACAAAGAAACAGAGCCACCCAAGGGGGAGAAGAAAAAUGUGCCAGAGAAGCACACAAGAGAGGCUCAGAAACAAGCCUCAGAAAAAGUUUCCACCAAAGGCAAGAGGAAACAUAAGAAUGAAGAUGAUAACCGAGCCAAUGAGAGCAAGAAACCCAAAACAGAGGACAAGAGUUCAGCAGGCCACAAGCCAUCCAGCAACAGAGAGUCAUCUAAACAGAGUGUGGCGAAAGAAAAGGAUUUGUUGCCUUCUCCUGCUGGGCCUGUUCCUUCAAAAGAUCCAAAAACAGAGCAUGGCUCUCGGAAGAGGACUAUUAGUCAGUCUUCUUCCUUAAAGUCAAGUAAUAACAGCAACAAGGAGAAUAGUGGCAGCAGCAAAAACAGUUCCUCCACGUCAAAGCAGAAGAAAACUGAAGGGAAGACUUCCAGUACCUCUAAGGAGGUCAAGGAAAAGACUUCAAAUAGCUCCUCUAACUGUCCUUCAUCUACACCAACUCCUGAAGCUUCUAAGCCUCGGAGAACAAAGCUUGCCUUUGACGACAGAAAUUAUUCAGCAGACCAUUAUUUACAAGAAGCAAAAAAGCUAAAGCACAAUGCAGAUGCAUUGUCUGACAGGUUUGAGAAAGCUGUAUACUAUCUUGAUGCUGUGGUAUCUUUCAUUGAAUGUGGGAAUGCAUUAGAGAAAAAUGCUCAGGAAUCCAAGUCCCCAUUCCCUAUGUAUUCAGAGACAGUGGAGCUCAUCAAAUACACUAUGAAGCUAAAGAAUUACUUAGCACCAGAUGCUACAGCUGCAGAUAAAAGACUCACAGUACUUUGCCUGCGAUGCCAGUCUUUGCUGUACCUGAGGCUAUUCAAACUGAAGAAGGAAAAUGCUCUGAAGUACUCAAAGACACUGACAGAGCACCUGAAGAAUUCUUAUAAUAAUUCUCAAGCACCAUCACCUGGCUUGGGAAGCAAAGCUGUUGGGAUGCCUUCCCCUGUUUCUCCAAAGCUGUCGCCAGGCAAUUCAGGAAAUUAUUCUUCUGGCACCAGUAGUGCUUCAGCAAGUGGUUCUUCAGUGACCAUUCCACACAGGAUCCACCAGAUGGCAGCCAGCUAUGUUCAGGUUACAUCUAACUUCCUCUAUGCCACAGAAAUUUGGGAUCAAGCUGAGCAGCUUUCCAAAGAACAAAAAGAAUUCUUUGCUGAACUGGAUAAAGUAAUGGGCCCUCUCAUCUUUAACGCAAGCAUCAUGACAGACCUAGUUCGUUACACCCGGCAGGGACUGCACUGGCUUCGCCAGGAUGCCAAGUUGAUAUCUUGAACUGAACACAUUCUCGUUGCCUCUGAUUUUCUCCACAACACUGUGUUACAUCACGAAGGAAAACUGCCAUAACAUGCCACCUAGUCAACACUAAGAAUGAGGAAUGGUUUUCUCCUCCCUUGUUCAUGUGUUAUUGUUUUUUAUAACCCAAAGCCAUCAUGUCAGUUGACCCCUUCAAUAGUCUCUAUAUGAAAAAUUAUUUAAAUGCUUUUAAAUCUGCAGCAUAUUGAUAAGAUGGUUUCGGUAAUCUGUAAUAAGAUUGAAAUUCCAGUUGCAAUUCAUAAGUAAUCAAUUGAAAUUCUAUUUAUUGUAAUUUUUUUUUAAGUUCCCACAUUGGGGCUAGUUUAAAACUUAGUUAUUUCUGCCUAUAAAUUUAUCCUGUUAAAUAUUUAGCAUAAAUUUAAUGUAGGCACUUUUAUUUAUAUACUUUGGGAGCUUUGUUACCUAAUAAUGUCUUUUUGUGGUAGCUCUUCUAAGAGUAAUAGUUGGUUCAUCUAAAAUAUGGACAUGUUCUUUCUGUACCUACUACCUGAUAAUAUUUCAAAUAUUAACUACAAUUUUAUUAAUGCAGAAUUUAUACUUAGUAUUAAUGAUAUUCUUCUACAUAUGAAAAUCACUUAAAUAUGAGAAGAUAGCAUUCUACAUGGAUGUAAAAUGAAAUAUGUCUGAUUUGGUAUGCAUUAUUUCAAGAACUGUGAAUGUGUGUUGAUAACACUAACAAUCACAAGGUGACUACAACUUGCAUUUAAUGCAUUACAAAAGAGGGCAGGCAGACUUUCGAGGAGAAGCAUAUCAAAUGAAGGGUUUCAUAAAAGGACAAUCUUGAACUUUAUGGAUUUUACUAAAACCAUGUGUUCUUUUAUGUUGCUAAUUAUUUGACACUUAAUUGAAAUAGCAUGUUAUUAUGAGCAAAGGAUGAUCCUACUCCUGAAAGUUGCUGCCUAAAUCUUUUUCAUUGAUGAUCUUUAAAGGGUAAAAUCUCUCUUCAGGAUUCUUAUGUAAAAAAAUUUUUUCCAAACUAGAUUGUGAUGCUCUGAUAGGAGCCUGCAGUGACUAAUGCAGGAAUGGGCUGGAGCCUUAGUGUGUGUGUUUUGUUACACAAGUUAGAGUUCUAAUGCCUGAUGUAGAGAUGAUGAAUUUCUCCCUUUAAGUCUGUUUUGUAAUUAUUCCCUUUGUAUUAUGAAGGCCCUCAUCAAUGAUACAUGUUUCUGAUGGGAUCAGAAAAUUCACACUAGAAAAUUACCUAACUUGGUUCAAUGUGAGCUCUCUUGGGAAGGGGUGGGAAGUAGGGGUAUUGCUUAAGAAGCCAGCUCUUUAAGAGUUGUAUAUCAAAGUACCUUUUCCUGUAAGGUGCAUAUAGGAGUCAAAGGUGAGAAAUAUUUCCUCUAUCUUGUUUUAGUGCCCCUAUCAUGUCUGGUGUGCCUUAAAUCUUACCUUUAAAUGAAGACUCUAGACUGUUUACAGAUGAAGUUUUACACUAGGACCAGAUCACCAAUAUAGUUGGUUUUCUGCAGUAACAAUGUUAAAUUCUCUCUCCUUUUAAAUCUUCCUUUAGGGUUGCAUAAAGGUUAAUUCUCCAGAAAAGCGAAUGCUUUGGUACUGAAGGUAGUCUAACCUCCUGGGUAGUGGGCAUCAAAAACAGUUUGUCCUCUCCCCGUUCCAAAAAUGAACCCACCCAGUCAGAAAAAAGAAUUAUCCUGCUGUUUAUAGAUGAUUGCUAAGGCUUGAAAUGGGAAAGGAGGAAUAGGAAAUCUCCAAGCCCAGUGGUGCAGUGAAUUCUCUGUGUUCGAGUCUCUUUUAUACUUAUUCUGAAGCUAGGGAACUUUCAUUGUCCUGUGGCUUCAUAUUUCUAGAACUUCUUUACUGUUUUGUACCUCAAGUUGUUUUUGCGUAUCAUUGAAGAAUGAUAGCUAUGAAUUAUGUUGACCACCUUAACCCUUGGAGAAAUUGCCUCUCAUAAUCUUUCUAACUUAAACUUCGUGGGUUUUAGGAACAGUUUUCCUUAAGAGGACAACUUCUCAGUGUCCAUGGUAGUUAUUCAGUAAGAAACUUGCCGCUGUUAAUCCAAAUCCAGUAGACAUAUGUCCUGGCCUUCUGACUUCUCUGACCUUGAUUCCUUCAUUUGUAGUGAUGUCCUAGAAAUGGAAAAAGUACCCUUUGAGCAUUUAGAUGGUCAGCAACAGCAGCUUGUCGGCACCUCGGAGUUCCAGUGUGUUCUAGUCUCUAGUGUGUCCUCAGAGGCAGCAGGAGCGUUUCUGGAGUCACACAUUCAUUUUGUUAAAGCAGAGUUUCCUGCAUGUAUUAUGGUGCUGCUUUAAGAUUCUCUCUCUCUAAACUGUCAAUUCUUGGAGAAUGAAUUUUUUCAAACUUUUCACUGUGGCGGGUUUUUCCCACCAGGUGGUAGUGGGCAGUGGAUCAAAAUCCUGUCCUAAAUCAUUGAAUUUUUAAGGCAAUGUUCUGUGGAAACACCACUCCCUCUCCUGAGCCCAUCUCAGAAGUUCUGUCUGUGUCUUCAUCUGCUCCAGCACGUACUUUGGACUCCUUUACAGGUGACCAUUCCUCCUUCCUCAAUAGGCGUCUUCAUUGUCUCCAACCAUUUAAAACUAAGUUUGACAAGUGGCUAAAAACUUAGUCUGAGACUUGUAUUUAAUAUAUAGUUAAUUCUAGAAAUAGCAACUAUUUAAAAACUACUGUUGACUGCUCUUUAAGACCACACUUGUAUGAGUCAGCAGCCUACACCAUUGGAUUCUUUAUAGGCAACCAACCAGCAGAUUGUUACAUAGUAGUCUUGCUCAGCCUGUGCAAAGCUGGGCUGUGGAGAGAGCUUCCCUCCAGGUGAUUCUCAAGUUUCUCCAGUCCAGCCCAGGCCCAGUCUUGCUGGGGAGCAUUCAACGCAUUUCUUGCCUCAGUGCCACCUUUUUCUGGGCAAGUAGCCAAGAACUGACUUUAAAAGCAAUGAGUGAGUAGAGUACUUCCAAUAAAUUUACAGUUAUAGUUGCUGAAGAGUGGAGAAGGCUGACCAUCACUAAUUUAAUUCUCCAAAGUAAAAGCAAUCUAGAGUAACGUGUACACAUGCCCACACACACCUGUGCUCUGAAGAGCUCUCGCACUGAUGGAUCCUUGGGCAUCUAGGCUGCACUUUGACACACACUUGUGGCUUUAUUAGAUUCACUGCUGUUGUUUUUAAUUGUUUGUUUCUUUUAAUUAAAGAAAGGUUUAAUCAGCUAGCUCAGACAGCAUCAUUUUGUGUUUAAUGACAGAAACUUUGGGAAAUUACCUUUACUGAAUGAGCUUGCAUUGUAAAGCAAGCGCCUGCAAAAGGCACCUGUUCUGAGUGAACGUUCUGACUGGAGUUUCAGAGCAGCCAGUGGUCUCUCCAGUCCGUGAAGCCUAGUUGUGCGGAAGAGAGUAGCUGUGCACUCUUCCGGGUGUGAGGGUAUGCAGCCUUGGAUUGAAAACUAUGUACACAUACACACUUUAUAUAUAUGUAUGUAAUGUAUGUAUGAAAACAUGAACUUAGUUUGUCAAAAAUGUGUGUGUUUAGUAUUUUAGCUUAGUGCAACUAUUUCCACAUUAUUUAUUAAAUUGAUCUAAGACACUUUCUUGUUGACACCUUGAAUAUUAAUGUUCAAGGGUGCAAUGUGUAUUCCUUUUAGAUCUUUAAAGCUUAAUUACUAUGAUUUGUAGUAAAUUAACUUUUAAAAUAUAUUUGAGCCCCUUUGUAGUAUAAUAGGGCUCUUACAGGGUGGGAAGGAUUUUAAUUUUCCAGUUGCUAAUUGGACAAAAUGGCCUCAUGUAUUUUGAAUUAUAGGAGUUUGCUCCUGGGUCUCAGGAACAUAUACUUGGAAUGACUGAUUUUAGGCAGAUUGUGGUGAUGUUUUUAAAAGCAAACAGAACCUAAGAAAAUUGGGAAAGCAUUUCAAAUCCAUAUAGACUCCUAAACUCAUGUUCCCUAAUUAUGUGGAACACAGAUGUCAUUUCAAUGUCAUGUAUCAGUGUGUUGGGGAGGCAGACUUUUUUCCAAUAAUAAUACUGCACAUUUAAGGUUGCUAUUCCAUAAGAUAAGUAGAAGAGAUAACUAUGGAAUGACUUGGAAUAUGUAGUGACAAGAGGCCAAAUUGGUCAUGUUUGUGAGCAUGUCUUUCACAUACUCACUGAAGGAGUUCAGUUUAGACCCCCUAGACCCUAGAACCAAGUUGACAAGUAACAGGAAGCAAAUUAUUAGUAGUUGGUAAAGCAGAUGGUGAUUCUAUUCAGUUGAACCCUAUUGCUAAUUAAAAUGAACUUACUGUCUCCAGAAAAGGGAAUGGAAACAAUAUCUGAGUCUCUUCUCUUUUAUAGAAUUUGGUCACAGAAUAAGGCAUCCGAGUUUAGUCUAAACCGAGUCUUGUAGGUCUUUUAAGUUAAGCAUCAUAAAAUAGCAGCCUAAGUAAUCAUCAUGUAAUGAAGUGGACUUUCAGGAAUGUCUGCAUAUGCCUCUCCUUGCCACCAUUGCUCAGCUAAGCAUAAAUUGUGAUUCUUAAAAAGAAACAAAAAAGUUCUCUAAAUGAGCAUGGGAAAAACAAACAAACACAACUCCCACCCGGAAAUUCUAGUAAUACUCAGUUUUGACCUCUUCCUGCUUCCACGUGGAGUUUCUUUUCAGCUUUUAACCAUUGGAAUUUUCUACCUGCUAUGUUCCUCUCUGGAAAAUCUCUCUUUGGAAAUGCUGCCUUUCAAGUCAAUGCCAUGAUUAUCCAUGUUGAGUUUGUUGUUGCUGUUCAAGAAGCGUCCCUAUUUUACAACUUUAUGCACACACCUGGCAAAUCAUUGACAUGAGCAUUCAACAGUACUGGGGUUGGGUUAGGGUGGGUUGGGGCGGGGCUCACCAACAGAGCUGGCCCAAGUGGCAGUGCCUGAAAAGGCACCAUCUUUGAGGACCAGAUGUGGGGUUGGUAAGCACAGUUAUGAAAAUUUCUAUCUAGCCUCCGUUUUGAAUGGUUUUAAGAAAUUUUGUAUAUGGAGGAUGGAAAUGCUUAUAUAUUUAUUGAAAAUCCUUUUAUCUUAUUUGAAAUUAAAAUUAUUUGGUGAAUAACGGUUUGAUAUUUGGGGAGGGUUUUGAAGGGGAGGUAAUGCCGCUGAUAAAUUAGAAGCCUUGUUGAUUCUGCAGAAAGGUACUGUUAGUGUCUGAUUGGAUGCCUUUGUUUUGUACAUGAUCCAAAUCUUUGUUUUACAUUUCUUUUAUCCAAAAUAUUUAGGCAUCUGACAUUUUCAACCAAAAUUUCAAUUAUAUACUGUGAUUUUUAUUUGUUGCAAUAUGUUAAAAUUUCAGAGGUACUUUGGGGUUCAAAAGCUAGGAUUUCUAAGUCAGUAUGUGCAUUUCACAUAAUAAAGCUGUUAAUGGUGAGCAAAGUAUUAUAUACUAACUAGAUUUUUCCACAUCUGUAUAGUAUAUUAUAUGUAUUUUGUGGUAUUGAGAUUAUAGAAAGUUUAGAGUGUCAAACAUGCGUUUAAUGUGUAUUUUUAAACAAAUUUAUGGCAAUUAAAAUAUUUGGAGACAAGGGUAUCACAUUUCAAUUUGUAAAGAUCUUUUUAACUCUACUGUGUCAUUAAGAUGCUUUGUAUAAUGCCAAACCAUAGCUGGAGAAACUAAGUUUAAUAAAUAUCAAAUAGAUUUUCUGUAUUAAAGUUUAUAAACACUGUCAA